AGCGCCAGUCGCGGUCCACUUUUUUUCUUCUCUUUUUUUCUCAGCUCUUUUUCACACCAUGGAAACUUUCAACGUAGACGAAAUGCUUAAUUCUACGGAAAUUAGCACGUUUUUGUGCAAAUUGGGCAUCAGCAAUGCGUCGGGUUGCGGGCCCCAGAAAGUCGCAACAGCGGACAUGAGCAUCAAAGAUGCCGAGGACUUUGUGCGCGUCGUCCUUUACUGCGCCAUCUUCCUCAUCAGCGUGGUGGGCAAUAGUUUAAUCAUCACGGUUCUGUCUCGGAAUCGGCGCAUGCGCACCGUCACCAAUUUGUUCCUGCUCUCCCUGGCCGUCAGCGACUUGAUGGUCUCCUUGGUGUGCAUCCCUGUCACCCUCAUCACCAACCUCAUGAAGACCUUCAAAUUCAGCGACGCAACAUGCAAGAUUGCCAUGUACCUUAUGGGGGUCUCUGUGAGUGUUUCCACUUACAACCUGAUGGCCAUCGCUCUGGAACGCUACAGCGCCAUCUGCAGACCGCUAAGCUCCAGGACGUGGCAGACCAAGUCUCACGCGUUAAGGGUCAUCACCGCGACGUGGCUGACUUCCUCAGCUCUCAUGAUGCCGUACAUCUUCUCCAGCUCGUUGAAGCCCUUCCAACGACGCGACAACACCGAAGGUCACAUGUGCCGUAUGAUGUGGCGAGAGGAAAACCUCCUGACGUACUGGUAUACGUCUUUGUUGCUUUUGCUCUUCUUCCUGCCGGGUACGGUGAUACUGACCGCCUACAGUCUCAUUUCUGUGGAGCUCUACAAAGGCAUCAGGUUCGAGCUGUCCAACAGGAUGUCCACCAGAGACAGACCGGCCAGCUUUAGCAGCCUUCGAGAAGUCGAUGGCGACGGCUGCUACCUUCACUCAAAAAAGCGAAACUCCCAGGGCGGGUUGGGCCGCGUGGGCAUCCGAAGCAACACGACCAACCUUCUGGCCAAGAAGCGAGUGGUCCGCAUGCUCCUGGUCAUCGUUUGCUUGUUUUUCCUAUGCUGGACUCCCAUCUUCGUGGUCAACGCCUGGCAGGCUUACGACCCGCAGGUGGUCCAACGUCUGACCGGCGCGCCCAUCUCCUUCAUCCACCUCCUGUCGUACACGUCCACCUGCGUCAACCCUGUCGUCUACUGCUUUAUGAACCGGCGCUUCCGUCAGGGCAUGAAGGCCACCUUGACCUCCAUGCAGCUCAAGGCGCGGACCGUGGACAUCUGGACUCAGAUUAUCGACGCCAAAUGGUACGAAGGACCCGAAGAGAGCGCUCUGCACAAGCGCCAGGCCAGACGACGGGAGAAAGAAGAGCAAAAGCGCCAGGCCAAGCGUCAGAUCAGGAACCAGCGCAGGUCGGCAAGAUACCCGGGAUCGCUAGCUAGUAACCCCGUCGUCAACGGUGUCCAGGAUGUCGUCCAGGAUGUAGUCCAGGAAGUAGUCCAGGAAGUAGUCCAGGAGAUACCCCAGCCGAUGACCGUAGAGGUCCCAGAGCAUCUGCAAGACUCUGACGAGGAAGAACCCAUCGAGCAGAUCGGCGAGACGUACGUAGAGUUAUACAUCCAUCCGUAUCCCGAGCAGAACCCGGGACAGGACACAGAGCGCGCCGGUCAAGGGGCACCGGGUGGCAUGGCCUCGUACAUCAGCCUCACCAGCAUUCACUCGUUGCUACCGCCGGAAGUCGUCUGAAUUGCCGCUACGUUUUCACAGAACUACAUUCGUUCAGUAUUUGGACUCUUCAUUAGACUUCCAAAACAUGGCGUUGCAUUGAAGUAGCUUCAAAAGGAACCAUGAACGGUUCUGAAGUCCUUGAAUAUGACUUCAAAAAGGAUUUCUGCCCUUUUUUUAGAGGCGAAAAAUCAAAUAACGAGGGAUUUUUUUCAACUCUACUCGCAAAUCACAAGUCUGUGUUUACAGUCAGACCUCGCUUUUAUCUCCGUUAGUGGGAUAUGGAACACCUGCACUUUGGAAAGGUUGGAUUCCUAGUAUUGCUCAGCAGAUUUCCACGGAUUCAAAAGGCAAACAAACAGAGAAUGAGGUCACUUAGCCGAUACGGAACAUUUGUUGAUGCUUGUUUAUCUCCUGCGAAGUGAAAACGUCUGGUGCCUUGUACACGGGUGUCAAACUCAAUUUGGUUCGCGGGCUACAUUUAUGGCAAUUAGAUCUGUUAACACUGGAAGUCCCAGGCCAUCCCUUGUACUGCAGCUUUUGGAAUAUGUAAAAAGGUUGUCCGCCCGAUUGCCUGCCUGAGCAGUCCACUGUCCAGCAAAGACAAGGCAGCCCUACUCCACAAACAAGAUGCUAAUUGGAGCAAUCCAACCCUGUGGUUUUGACUAAUGAGGACCAUAGUGCUCACAUAAGAUAUGCUGAUUAGGGUCAGAUGAUCCUUCUCUGGUUACAAAAGUAAUUUGUAUCAACUGAUCCAUCCUUGGUAUUGUACUAUUAACUCACUGGCUCCAAUUGACAUCCAAAUCAUUUUGACUGGGAGGGAGCGAAUGAACAAUUGUAACCGCGGGCACCGAAGUGAGCCAACUAGUGCGUGCACUCGAUCACACAAAUUAAUGGUUUUACGGUGCCAAAAUCAAAAUAAAAACCUGAUUUUGUAUGUACAGUAAGAACGACCGACAACAUGCCUGUCAUUUAGAACAACAACGAAAUCAGUUGCCGAUAACUGAAGACCACAAGAGAUGUUCCAGUGGUGCUACGGAGCUUUAAGAGACGUUCUUCUGGGGAAAAUUUUAUAUGUAUGGCGGAAAACUCAGACAAGGCUGAAAAAGCCGUUUGUGCUCUUGCACCCCUCUUGAAAAUAAACUGCUGUAUUUUAAGCCAAAAGAACUGUUGUGUUUGAUAGACCAGUAUGUCUAUAUGCUGCCAUAGCAGUUUCAUGGCACAUUAAGCCCACAA